UUUUCUGUUGAUCUUGCAUUUCAUGCUAAGUAUCAUGGUGAACUUUAGCUCUUCUUUACAUAUCCGCAUGUGUGUGUGUGUGUCAUGUGCCUUAACUUUGCAAUAAAACUACUUGCUUUCCUAGUUUGUCUUAAAGCUCAGUACCUGGGGACAAAUUUUAAGCUGCGUAAGGUGGAAGGAGGAGUUAAAAGUAAAAUGUUAAACUCACAUGACCAAAUGGGUGUUAACCAGGUAGAAAAGAGUCUGUUGGUCGUAUAUGAGAGCCUUCCAACACUCAUUCUAUUUAAACUGCACCCCAGAUCCACCUCAGCUAAAUCAGCCGGAGUGAUAAGUAGUACUCGCCACUUCAGGUUCAGCAGACGAGCUUGUUCAGCUUGUAGGAGAAACAGGAGUGAGAUGGGGGAGGGGAACUUUCAGGUUAACAGGCACAAUAUUAAGAGAGCAUACAUACAAGAAGACAUGUCUGCUCUUCCCUCCAGCUGCUACUGAAGCCUGAGGAGAAAGGGAAGCUUUUGCAGCAACAUGAGUUCUCAGGAAGAUUUAUCCCAGGAGUGGAUGGACAGCUUUGGUAAUGGAGGGGCGACUGAGAAUGAGAGUUUGGGAGACUACGAACACCACCACCUUCCCGGAGACAGCGGCAACUCCUUUGAAGCUUCAGCCCUGGACGGCCCGCAGCUCGCCCCCGAGACCAAGCUGUACAAGCGACGCUGGGUGAUGCUGUUCAUCUUCAGCGCCUUCUCCAUGAGCAACGCCUUCAUGUGGCUGCAGUACAGUAUCAUCAGCAACAUCUUCAUGCGCUUCUACAGCAUCAGCCCGAUCGCCAUCGACUGGCUCUCCAUGAUCUACUUCCUCACCUACAUCCCCCUCAUCCUGCCUGUCAUGUGGGUGCUCGACACUCGGGGCCUCAGAGAGGUCUUGGUCAUGGGGUCUGCCUUCAACUGCAUCGGGGCCUGGAUAAAGACGGGCACCGCAGACCCCAACAUGUUCGCCAUGACUUUCCUUGGGCAGUUUGUGUGUUCAGUGGCCACAGUUUUUAUCCUGGGCAUCCCAUCCAGACUUGCGUCCCUGUGGUUUGGGCAGCAGGAGGUGUCCACCGCCUGUUCCAUUGGCGUUCUGGGAAACCAGAUGGGUAUUGCUAUUGGGUUCCUGUUGCCACCUGUCCUUGUGCCUAAUGUGGACGAUAUGGAAGAGCUGGCACAUCACAUCAGAAUCAUGUUCUACAUCAGCGCAGGUGUGGCCUCCGCCAUCUUCCUCCUCGUCAUCAUCGUUUUUAAGGAGAGACCAGAGAUCCCUCCCAGCCAAUCCCAGGCUCAGGCGAGGAACAUGCCGCCAGAUGAAUACUCCUACACGGCCUCUAUCUUGAGGCUGCUGCGCAACAAGCCUUUCAUGCUCCUGGUUGUCAGCUAUGGGCUGAACGUUGGCUGCUUCUAUGCUAUUUCCACACUGUUGAACCGGAUGAUCAUCGAACACUACCCGGGUGAAGAGGUGAAUGCCGGGAGAAUUGGUCUAACCAUUGUCAUUGCUGGCAUGGCGGGGUCCCUCAUAUGUGGCAUUUGGCUGGACAAGACCAAAACCUACAAGCAAACCACCCUGGCUGUUUAUACUCUUUCUCUGAUUGGAAUGAUGGUCUACGCCUUCACCCUCAACCUGGGCCACCUGUGGGUGGUGUUUGUCACAGCUGGGAUUUUGGGCUUCUUCAUGACUGGAUAUCUACCUCUGGGCUUUGAGUUUGCAGUGGAGCUCACCUUCCCAGAGUCAGAGGGAACCUCGUCUGGGCUGCUCAACUGCUCCGCUCAGAUCUUUGGAAUCAUUUUCACCAUCUGCCAAGGGAAGAUUAUGGAUGUUUGGGGGACUUUGGCUGGAAACAUCUUCCUGUGCAUCUUUCUGCUGAUAGGGACAGGAAUGACAGGAUUAAUCAAAUCCGACCUCCGCCGGCAAAAGGCCAACGCGCAGAACGAGGCGCAGACAGCCAGCCCUGCAGGCUCAGUGUCAUCGGUGCAGGACUACGGGGCCACGUCGUGCAGCGGGCCCUGGCAACGGGAGUCUUGACAUUAACCCACAACCUCACUAAAACCCAAAACACACACAAGAAAGUGAGAGGUGAUCUGGGAGGAAGCGUGUCCCUACCUAAAAUCCUGAAAGAGGAGAAGUUAUGAGGAGGACGUCCCCUGUCAAAGACACUGUGCUCUGAUAUUUAAGAGAAGAAAAACAAAAAAACAAAGAAAAAAAACAAAGGAAAUACUGACAAAUCAACACGCAUAAAAGUGCACAAAAGACUACAGAGUAAAAGGCUGCUGUGGAGAGCGAGUACAAGGAGAAUGAAUUAAACCGAUACCUCUGUAACGCUUUAAUGGAAUCACAACCAACAGACCUGCUGCACAUUAAAUGGACGUCACGCUGCGGACACCCGCACUUGUGCGUCCCAAACAAUCAUGCACAAGGGGAAAGCACUUUCAGUAACAAACACUCAUUUUAUUCUAUAAAGGCAUUUUAGAUGUCGUGUGCAAUGUAACUUUAGUCACUCCAACAUGUUGCACUCCAGUUUCAGUUUAACUGAAUUACCUCUGUAGCCUUUCCUGCCCCCUUAAUUAAUUACUGCCUACUGAUUAGUGUCAAUGUAGUGUUUGUUUGCGUUCAAUGAGCAAUAUGUGAACUGUGUCUCCUAUUGAUGGACCAAUAGUGUGUGUAACUGAACUCAGUCUUUACAUUGCUGAAGGUAUUCAUUCGAGUGUUCUGUUUAUAGAAUAAACACUGUGACGUGUUUUCCCGACGCGGCAGCCGGACCACCGUAAGCGUGGGCCGCCUGCCGUCCAGGAUCACAUGGAGUUAUCACUUAUGAUCGAAUAUGAUCGAUGCUGUGCAUCUGAGUACACUUUGGAAGGUCGGAUUUUGUCCCCUUUUAUUACUUUCGGCAAUCUCUUUCGAGAGGACGUUUGGGGGACAAGAAUGUCAGCACAGCACAAAAAGAAAAAAGGAUAAGGCAAAUAAGAUCUAUUGUUCUUGUCGUUUUGCGCACAUUGUUUUUUUUUUUUUUUUUAACAUAUACUUUAAGCCUGUAAAAUUGUUACUGAGAAAUGUAGUUCAUGCUGUGUAUCCAGUAUUUCUACCGACUGUCCUUGUGUUGUUAGGUGAUUGCCCUGUUUUAAUGCGAGUCCUACGUGCGUGUGGGAAAUGCUAGAUGUCCUUUCAGUGCCAACGUGGGGGCAGGCGUGAGCACCUUUAGAUUUCUGAGGCAUUUUGUAUGAUUCAACAUGACUCAGGUAAUAAUAUAUAUAUUUUUUAAAAACUGCAACACACUCUGUGGGAUUUAAUAUUGCUAUAAAGGAAUAAAAAAUAAAUCAAAUAAAAACAGGAACAUAAGAAAAAUGCA